AAGUCCUAAAAAUUUCUUUAGGUUUCAAAAUUCAAAACCGUCUCUCUCUCUCUGUCUGUCUCUUUCCUUCGUAAAUCUGCUUCAGUCAAACAAUCACACUGAUACCUCACUUCAUUCCCAUGGAUCCACUCAAUAGCCCGAACCCGAUUAACCCUAAAGAAACAAAUUCAGGCGAAAACGAGCCCGCAACUCCCGAGCUUUCUCCAGAUUCCGGCAUAAAAUGGCCAUGCAAUCCCAGCCCGAAACGCCCGCCGACGGAUGAGUUCGGUUGGCCCACUGUGUGGUUCCCACCCAAGUCUGAACCCCGCGUGCUAACCCCCGAAGAGCUGGCCCGUUUGGCUGAUGAUCAGGCCCAGCAAGCGGCAUGGGAUGCUGUGACUGAAUUUCUCAGGAACACAGACAUCGCCGAUGAAGACGACGACGACGAAUACGACGAUGAGUACGUGGAUGUAAUCAAGUAUGAGAACGGCGACCUCGACGAGGUACUCGAGGAAGAAGAGCGCAAGAGGUUCGAAUUUUUCGUGAAUUUGUUUAAGGAGGACAGUGUAUUGAAGGAGUAUUAUGAGAAGAACUGUGCCGGCGGAGAGUUCAGAUGUCUGGUCUGUUGCGCCGUGCGGGAGAAAGCUUGGAAGAGGUUCAAAGGUUGCGCCACUUUAGUUCGCCAUUCUCUUUCCAUAGCGAAGACGAGAAAGAGGAAGGCUCAUCGAGCUUAUGCAGAGUCUAUUUGUCAGUUAUUUGGAUGGGACAUCAAUAAGCUCAUUCAAUCUUCGGAUAAAUCUGCUGAGGCUCAGGGUAACAUUGACAAAUCUGGUAAAGAUGGCUUGGACCUUCCUUGUGGUACUGUGGACCUUGUGAAAGUUGAUACUGGAAAUGAGAAAAUCAAAAGUGGUACUGGAUCUGAGCAUAAUUCAUUGGCUGAAGUUGACACUAGCAAACAUGUUGAAGUUCUCAGUGGUGACGUUCAAGAUGCAGAAACUGUGAAUGCAGAGGGCUCACCAAAAGGCCCGGAGCCUGCAAACGUGCAUUGUGAUGUUGCACAUGGAAAGGAUCAUCAAGAGGAUAAUGUUCCCAAUGACCUCAAGGAAGAUGAUGUUCAGAAAUGACCAGGAAAAGGUGUUGACCCACUUAACCAUGAAUCCAAGAUUAGUUUUCUUAGCUCUCACCCCAGACAUGCUUGUUAGUUCUCCCAGUUAAUAGUCUAAGAAUUGAUAUUUGUAGUAUUUCUUGUGUUGUGCUGGAAAUGUUGAUGUGAAUGACGUUGAACCAGUCUUUCCAAGUAUCUGGCAGUUGAAGUUUAGAAGCGCGGGAUUGUAUCCAAGGUUGGUUUUCUUAGUUCUUAUCUCAGACAUGCUUGUUAGUUUUCUCUGAUGGCAAGUGUUAAGUAGUCUGAGGAUUGACAUUGGUAGUAUUUCCUGUGUUGUGCUGGAAAUUUUUAUAUGAAUGACAUUGAAUCAGCCUUCCCAAAUAUCUUGUGGUUGACUGUGAUGGGCUUCAGUUUACACCUUAAACUUGGCCAUCAAGUUAUACAAUUAUUAUACCAUGGACCAUGGUUCACUUUA